GGCAGUUUCGGGAAAACAAGGUCUUAAAUUCAUGGGCGGAAGAAAGUUUUACAUCCUUCUGAAGUGAUUUUUUUUUAAUGCUGAGGAUUCUGCUGGCCUAGCCCAUCCCAGUUUUCUCUGCUAAAAUGGCUGACUGGACACUUCAGCACUGGCAAAAUCUUGCCAGCCUAGAUGGCCACGCCCAGAAGAGCCAGAUGAAAGCGACAAGGAAACGAGAGGAGGCUGCCCGUUCAGCCAGAAGCCGUCCUUUGGUUGGGAAAUCUUUCUACCUGGACCUCCCCAGGGGCAAGAAUCUGGAGUUUCUGGGAGAGUGUGUGAAGCAGCUGGGUGGGGUUGUUGAAAGUUUUCUGAGCAAAGAAGUGACUUGCGUUGUCUCCAGUAGCCAAGAGGCCAGGCGGGAGAGGUGGAUGGAAAAGCAAAGUAGUUCUGCGUUGAAGGAUGCUCCAGCUGGACCCCGGCCUUCUGCAGAGCUCAAAAUGGGUCCCUUGCACAAGCCAAUAGACACUAACCUGAUCAGUCGUGGGAAAAAGCUCUUGCAUAAAGCCAUCAGGGGACAGGAUAGCACCUGUGGCAACAGCAUCCUUGCCACUUCGCGAUCCUGGGGGGUACAGAUUAUACACAUAGAUGAAAUGCUGUCCUACAUACGACUGUUGUCUAAGAAGCACCCUUCCGCGGCAAAGGUGAAGAUGGUUGCUUCUGGGUUCCAGCCUUCAGAAGUAGUAAGACUGAAAGCGCCAUUCCUGAAAAUUGAAGAUGAGAGCAGGCAACUCAGGCCAUUCUUUCAACAAUUCAAGAAUUUCCCCCAACUGUAUUUCCAGCCACUGAGAAGACAUAGCCCAUUUCAACCCCCACGAACCUCUUCCAGCUCAAAAGCACCUGAAAGCAAACAGUCACCCAAUGAACUCUUCCCUCCUUCGGCCUGCUGUAUCAUGCCAAAACCACAGAAAGGCUACUGUGAAUGUUGUGAAGAAGUCUUCGCAGAGUUGCAGACGCACCUUCAAAGUAAACGGCAUAAAGAAUUUGCGCUGGAUCCGUCCCACUACACUCUCGUGGACAGCAUCCUCUCUCAGCUGACCAAUGAUUUUGUGGUUUCUUCCUCCUCUCCACCACUGAGGGUGCCUCCCAGUGCCUGUAUUGGUGACUAUUCUGAAUUUCAUUUGGAGGACUAUUGCAUGUUUGCUGGAGGACAGGCUGUCGACCCAGAGGCUUCAGCUCACUUGCUCGAGGACCAAGACUUUCUCCAUCUUGCAGAGCUGCCCAUAGAGAUGCUCCUCAACCCAGCGCCAUUUGGCUCCUCCCAGGGGUCAGCAUCUGAGCAUCACAAAGCGGGCAGACUGGUUGCCAGCACUCGCUCAGAGGCCUCCGCCUCCGCCGAGGCUGACCAUGGUGCCGUUCCCCAAGAGAGGGGGCUCUUAGUUCAGCCUGCUGUGCUGCCUCGGAAACGCAAGCUCUCGGGCAGCCUGCAUGGGCAGACAAGAAAGAAGCGAGCCUUAUCCGAGCAUACCUCAAACGACAGGUUGCCGGAUGAGAAGUUGCUCCCUGGGAACCAGGAGGAUGCCCUGAAUCGGUGUGACAGCCAGAUGGCUUCCAGGCCCCUCGGCUUCUCUGCGGUACCAUUCAGCAACCUUGGCCCAUCACACUUAACUCGGGACAGUCUGUCUUCUGAGCCUCUUGCUAUAGAUACUGGCUGCCUCCAAGACACAGUGCAGCAGCUGAGCCAGGGCAAGGUGGCUGCUCCUUCUCCCUACCAAGGGAAGGACGCAUGCAUUUCUUGGGACUUUCCCAGCCCUAAGUAUUGAAUCAAGAAGCAUGUCUGGCUU